UAGGUCCAGUGGCUGUCGCGGCCGCAUCUGAAAAAAGGUAGUGUGUGGGUGUCGAGUUAGCGGGGCGCAGCCGGGGGAAGGGCGCCGUGGUCGCCAUGGCUCGACACAGGAACGUCCGAGGCUACAACUACGAUGAAGAUUUUGAAGAUGAUGAUCUCUAUGGCCAGUCUGUAGAGGAUGAUUAUUGUAUUUCUCCAUCAACAGCUGCUCAGUUUAUUUACUCAAGACGUGAUAAACCACCGUCAUUUGUUGAGCCAGUAGAAGAAUAUGACUAUGAAGAUACAAAAGAAUCUGCAAACUCUGUUUCUAAUCACCAACUUAGUGGGAUUGAUCAAGCUCGUCUUUAUUCAUGCCUUGAUCACAUGAGAGAGGUACUUGGAAAUGAUGUCUCUGAUCAAAAACUGAUUGAAGCAGUGCUACAGAACAAAUUUGAUGUGCAGAAAGCCUUAGCAAUGGUGCUUGAUCAAGAUAAAAAGCAGGCCACAAGUGAGGAUGCUGUCUCCAUAGGAAAGGCAACAAAAGGAGUCUUAUUUUGUUCAUCUGAAGUACCGACUGAUAAUGUUCAAAGCUUUUUUCCUUCAUCAGUGAAUCACUCAGGGUGCAGUAGAACCCCUUUUGAGUUUUGUGACUCAGUACCUAAAGAUGGAUUAUCUUGUAAUUCUUCAGUUAUAUUGAGUCACCAUUUACUACAUAAAAAAAAGAAACUUGACAGGCCUCACAGUGAUAAGAAACUAGAAUCAUGUAAGUCAUCAAAAGAGCUGUCAUUAGCUAACCUAAUUAAUGAUAUGCCACAUGAUUCAUUUUACGAAUCUCAUAAUAGUCAGCCAGCAGUUAAAUUUUCAUCUAAAAGUGACCUUGAAAGUCUCAUUUCAGAUAGUGUAGAUGGUAAAUUAUUGGAGCCUGAUUCAUCUGAGUCUCUCUCCUUGGACGAUUCCAAGUACAAGGGAGGACCAGAUUUGAAACCAGUAAUGCAGACAAAAAGAUUUGACAAUUCUUUGUCUUUUGGAAGUAGUUUACAAAACAUUCCAAUACAGAACAACUUGGAAAGUAUUGGCAAUUCUUUUUACUUAACUAAUACAUUAGAAAACAUGACCCUUGAUAACAAUAGAAGUCACAUUCAGAAUAAAAAGGCAGAAUUAUUUGGAAGUGUCCUUUCAGCUCGACAGUGUUCCAAGAAACAUAAUUUAGAAAAGGACUGGGUACAUUUUUCCAAAUGUGAAAAUCCAUCUCUCACUGAACUUUUUCAGGAACAUAAAGAAAAUAAUCCAAACCAAUAUUUUUCUUUAUCUGAUCUUUGUAACCAGUCUUCUGCCAGUUUUUCAGAUAUGAAUUUGGGAUCCACACCAUUGUCACAAAUAACUCAGUAUCAGACUGGAAUACCAGAAUUAACAGGAUCUCUGUCAUCCUUAGCAUUUUCUAAGGCUUCUCCUACUAGAGACCUUGAAAAUUUGUCACUUUCUGAUUUAAUUGCAGAAUCUAUUAAUGAAGUAGAUAAAUCUCAAAUUAUAAAAGAUUCCUCUAUGUUGAAUGUACCUGAAAUAAAGUCAUCUUCAGUAGAUUCAAAUAUUGAUCUAAGUGUCCUUAUAAAAACCCCAGAGAGCUUUCCAAAGCCUAUAGAAAACCAGUCAAAUAUCUUAAUACCAGGAGUUAAAGUUCCAAGUUCUAAGCUAGUGAAAAAUUCCAAUUUCUCCAAAGAGAAUAAGAAAAACAAGAAAGGCUUUAUUACUAGAAAACCAGCUUUCUCUCUUUCUUGGACAAAGGCCCUUGCUGCUAGACCGUCAGCUUUUGCUUCAACACUGUGUCUUCGAUAUCCGCCGAAAACCUGCAAGAGACACACCUUUGACCUCUAUAAGACUUUUCUUUACAGUAGACAAGUUCAAGAAGUCAAGGACAAAGAAAUAGGUCCUCUCAAAGUAAUAACACCAUUUGACUUCAAAUCCGCAUCCCCUGAUGAUAUUGUGAAGGCUAAUCAAAAGAAAGCUUUUACUAGAGAAUAGUGUAAAAGAGGAGAAUUCAUCAACUGCUGCAGAACCUUUUCUUUUAAACUGUUUUAAAAUCUUUAUAGAAUCACUUUAUACUUUGGAAUUGUAAUUAAUUUUUAAAAAUUGUUGUAUCUGACUUGAUAACAACUUUAAUUCAUUUGUAUUAUUGCACUGAAACUAACCAUUUGCUACCCGUCCUCAGUAAUCAUUAAUGACAUGCAUAUUUAACCAUCUGAGCCCAUAAUGUUUACAGAUUGUGUGUACAGAGUUGUUAUUCUGACAUCAAAUCUCAGAUAAUUUUAUUUGAAACUUAAUCAGCUAGGAGUUUUUCCCAGUUUUGAGAAUAAUAAUUGUAUUUUACAAGGCUUAUUUUUGAAUUUGUAAGGUUUUUGCUAUUUUGCUUAAGGAUGUUCAUUACAUACAACAAUCAUUUUGAACCUUCACUGUAGUGGAUUUAAAAAAUAAUAUACAUAUGGCAUUGUAUGCCUAGAAUAUAGUUAUACAUUAGAAUGGAAUCUGUCAUCCCAAGUUAUAUUUUUUUUCUGGGUUACAGUUUAAAUGUAUACUUUAAAAUUUUUGAAAUUCCUAAUCUUAAAAAAAAUAUUCUGGGGUUUGUUUUAAGUAAAUGUUUUGCUGCUAAAUAUAAAAUACAAACCAGUUAGUGGGACCAGUUUAAAAAUUUGAAAUGUAUAUAUUAGUCAUGCAAGUUAAUUGUUUAUGUUUUAUUCUAAUUGAAUAUUUUCAGACAAAGGACAUAUUAAUGCUUAUUUUUUUAUGGGAGGGAAUAGAUUCCUUUUUUAAAAAAUCAAUUUUACUUUUUCCUUUAAAAAUGUUCAAAUUUGAGGCUUUUCUUUCUCUGUUAGUAUGUAUUUGCCCAAGCAGGGCAAAUUUUUAAUCUGCUCAGACCAAAUUAAAGCUAUUUUAGACAGAUAAUUAGGAAAACAUUUUUCAUCUCUUAGAGGAAAAUAAAUCAGACCACUUUGAACUUAAACUUAUUUUUGCUUUUUAGUCUUAAUAGGAUUUAGUAAUAGCAAGAAAUAGUGAUGACUCUGGGUGGUUUCUAGUUCCUUAAAACCUUCAAAGAUAUCAUAUCCUUCUCUAGGACCUUGUGUAGAGGUGAGUACUGGCUUUCUUGAGAACUAUGCCAGUAAAGUAUAAGUCUAGGAGGUUCUGUUAAAUGGAAAGAUUUCCAGUAGAAGCACAAAGAAUGUAUUUCUGAUAUCUGAGGAGAAGCUAAACUAAGUUUGGGGAACAUCGCCAAGAUAAUGAGUAUCUAGUUAUUGAAGUUCUCAAAGACUUGCCUACUAAGUUGUGUAAGGGGUUACAAACCACCUAGAACUUCUCUCCAUCAGUGAAAUCGCGCAGGAGCUUGCAUGAGUGAGUGAGAGAGAGAUAAAGAGAGAGAGAGAGUGUUUCAAGAGGGAGAAAAUUUUAUAGUCAUUUUAAUCCACUAGAAUGGUUUAACAUGGUACACUAUCAACAUAACUAUAUAUAGAGAUAUUUGAACUUUUGUGUCUGUAUUUUUGGCAUUACAUAAUAUGUGAGUGUGUAGUUAGGCCAAUGUUUAAUGCUUAUCUUUUCUGGCAGAUAAUAAAAAUGCCUAGACAAUUCAUUAUUUCCUAUAAUACUUACUUUUAAAAUUCAGGUAAAUAAGUAUUUUCCCCAGGCAGCUACCUGGAAAUAACAUUUGAAUAUCAAAAGGCCACCAUUGGAAGUAGAGGAACAAGCUGACUUUUCAUAUGAACCUUAGAAUUUUUAUAAAAUAAUUUCUUUUAGCUGUCAUUUAAUUUAUUUCUCAGGAGUAUGUUUCAGUAUUUUUAAGUAGUUUAUGUAAUAAUGAUUUUGAAAGUAGUAUUUUUGGUAGAAAAACUUAAAAGGAAUUCAUAUUUUCAUUGUUCUUAAAAUGAAAUGUAGGAUUUUCAUAGAAGAUUUUAUGAUAUGUAACGAAUAACAUUCUUUGCAAGAGUAAUUAGGCAUUUCAGUUGAGGCAUAUUCAAUUUGGCUUUUCAGAAUUUCUUAAUUCAUGAUAUUACAGAUAAUGCUGCUAAAUUUUAAACUGUAUAUUGGCUUUUGGAGGUCAGUUUUGAGAAACCCAAAUAAUUUUGCUUUUGAACAAGUGUUCUAGAAAAAUGGCAAAUUAUUUUAGUAUUUUUGAGCUCUCAAGCCAAUAUUUUGAUGGAUUUGGGGCAUAGCAGGAUAACAUAUAACUUUGUAUUUUAGAUUAAACAAUUUUCAGCUUUAAAAUGUGUUGGCAUACCAAAAAAUCCUAUGUAUGUAGAUCAUCACAUUUUUCCACUGAAACAAUGUUUAAAAUGGUGAAUAGAUUCUUAAUCUAGUCUACAAAAUCAGUUUUAUUUGUAAGGUAGCUUGAUUAGCUCAGGGUACUACCCAUUACCAGCAAUUUUGUUGCAGUCCUAUUAGUAUUUUUUUUUUUAGUAAUACAAUACAUGGUUAAAUAGGUUAUUGUGGACAGACCCAGAAACUUCUACUAUUUAUAAUUUUGUUUCUCUGGAAAAAUGUAUUCUGUAAUAUAAAUUAAAAGCAACAGCUUUGUUGUUUUGGUUCUAACAAUUCUUCUUGCCAAUAUUAAAUAGCCAGGAAUGUAGUAACAUUUAGAGCACACACAGUGGUUCAGGAAAAACCUUUGCGUUCUCUGAGCUCUUUAGAAAACAUAUCCAGGUUUGAACUAGUUAUUUAUAUGUACCAGCAAUUUGUAUGCAGGGGUAUUUGUUAUUCAAGUAAUGCUGAAUAUUGAUAGCACUGCGUGCAUAUCCUAAACUGUCUACCUAUCAUUUAUUCACUCAGUAAUAAAUUUGUAGUCUAGAGAUGCUGAAUAAUUUUACUUUAGUUCUUCUAGUUAAACUAAGUUUUGCUUAUAGUAAUUUUCAUAUCAAAAUUUGUCUUUGGAAUUGGAGGAUAAAUUUUCACAAAGUAAGCCACUUUAAAAAGUAAUUGCUAUCUUCACAUUUAGUUUCUUAAAAUUUUUCACAUAGAUGUUUUAUUUCUCUUUCACUUACGUAUAUAACCAAAGCCUUUACUUGGCUUUUUUGGGGGGGAGAUAAAGCUUCUUAAUACUAAUUACUGAGAAUUGCAGAAUAUCUUUGCCACAUAAAUUCUCUUCCUAUAUCUUCUAAAAUAUUGCUUUAGUUAUUCUAUCACCAUUUUCUUUCUUACUUUUUUUAAACAUAUCUGUUCCCUGAACUCUUCACACUUUUUGUCUGUUAACUUCACAUUCUUAUUCCUGAAACUUUCUUUUUCUAUAUCUAACUUACUUUUUUUGCUUUUGUCUGAUUUAGCUAGUAAAUCAUAACUUUAAGGCCACAGGCAGUUAAUGUGUAUUUUGAAAGUGUCUUAAGUUAUUUCAUAGCAUUGAAUGGUAAGUCAUAUUGUUUAUCAUCCUGAGGGAAACUCAUAAAAUAUUUUGUUUUAUAUUUCACAAUAGAGAAUUAUAUAAUGCUCUUGGGGGGAAAAUCAUGAAUUUAUAGUGAUAUCCAACUUUCAUUGAAACUGAAUCAGUAUAAAAGCUGUUAUAAGUGUUAGAAACGGGUAUUAUUAAAAACAAUCUAUAAAUAGAAUAAGAACUAUGAGUUACUCAUUUGUCCUUUUAUGUUUUUAAGUGUAUUGUAGAGUAUGAGGGCACUUGGGAUGUUUACACAAACUUUUUAUUUAGUUUAUAAUGUCAUUUUUCUAGCAAAUUAGCUCAGAAAUUCCUAAUAACUAACUUUGCUUUCUGGUAUUUUAUAUGUGUUGUACUGUUCGUGAUGUUUUUUGAUAUAAAUUUCUCUGCUACUUUUCAGAUAGCCUGUAAUUUUCUAUAUAUAUAUGUAUAUAUAUAUAUAUAUAUAUAUAUAAUUAUGUAUGGAUCAGUUCAACUAAUUGUAUAUUGGAAUUUAGAUUUUUAGUUUACGAAGUGUUAUGUAUAUAAACUGAACAUGUGGACAUUUUGCAAAAAGUUAUAUUGGAAAAUGUAAUGCAUAAGUUUUUCUUAUUUAAAGUGUAAAAAAAAAAACAUCACAGAUUUAUAUGCUGAUUUUGAAAAAUAUAAACCUGAAAAUUUCACAAUGGUAUUUGAAUAACUUCUGUUGUAGGUACUGCUUGAUGUUUCUGUAAAUGAAUUAAAAAACAAAACAAA